AUGGCGCAGAAAGGAGAUCAACUUGACCAAGAAACAAUCAGCUGUUCCAUCUGUCUGGAUCUACUGAAGGAUCCGGUGACUAUUCCCUGUGGACACAGCUACUGCAUGAGCUGUAUUAAAAACUUCUGGGAUGGAGAGGAUCAGAAGAAGAUCUACAGCUGCCCUCAGUGCAGACGGACCUUCACACCGAGGCCUGUCCUGAUGAAAAACACCAUGUUAGCAGCUUUAGUGGAGCAGCUGAAGAAGACUGGACUCCAAGCUGCUCCUGCUGAUCACUGCUAUGCUGGACCUGAAGAUGUGGCCUGUGAUGUCUGCACUGGGAGGAAGCUGAAAGCUUUCAAGUCCUGUCUGGUGUGUCUGGCAUCUUACUGUAAGAAUCACCUCCAGCCUCAUUAUGAUUCAGCUCCAUUAAAGAAACACAAGCUGGUCGAGCCCUCCAAGAAGCUCCAGGAGAACAUCUGCUCUCGUCACGAUAAAUUGAUAGAGAUUUUCUGUCGCACUGAUCAGCAGAGUAUCUGUUAUCUCUGCUCUAUGGAUGAUCAUAAAGGCCACAACACAGUCUCAGCUGCAGCAGAAAGGACUGAGAGGCAGAGAGAGCUCGAGGUGAGUCGACUAAACAUCCAGCAGAGAAUCCAGGACAGAGAGAAAGAUGUGAAGCUGCUUCAACAGGAAGUGGAGGACAUGAGUCGCUCUGCUGAUAAAGCAGUGGAGGACAGUGAGAAGAUCUUCACUCAGCUGAUCUGUCUCCUCCAGAAAAGAAGCUCUGAUGUGAAGCAGCAGAUCAGAUCCCAGCAGGAAAAUGAAGUGAGUCGAGUCAAAGAGCUUCAGGAGAAGCUGCAGCAGGAGAUCACUGAGCUGAAGAGGAAAGACGCUGAACUGAAGAAGCUCUCACACACAGAGGAUCACAACCAGUUUCUACACAACUACCCCUCAGUGUCACAACUCAGUGAACCUACAAACUCAUCCAGCAUCAAUAUCCGUCCUCUAAGACACUUUGAGGAUGUGACAGCAGCUGUGUCAGAGCUCAGAGAUAAACUACAGGACAUCCUGAGGGACAAAUGGACAAACAUCUCACUGACAGGGACCGAAGUGAAGGUUUCACUGUCAGAACCAGAGCCCAAGACCAGAGCUGACUUCUUAAAAUAUUCAUGUGAAAUCACUCUGGAUCCAAACACAGCAAACGCACGACUGUUAUUAUCUGAGGGGAACAGAAAAGUAGAAGCAGUGAGACAUCAACAGUCUUAUUCUAGUCACCCAGACAGAUUCACUGGAAAGUGGCAGGUCCUGAGUAGAGAGAGUCUGACUGGACAUUGUUACUGGGAGGUGGUGUGGAGAGGGACAGGAGUUCAUGUAGCAGUCGCAUACAAGAACAUCAGCAGAGUAGAUUUGGCAGACAAAUCUGAAUUUGGAGGUCCCCUUUCCUCCAGAGUUGGAGUGUACCUGGAUCACAGAGCAGGUAUUCUGUCCUUCUACAGCGUCUCUGAAACCAUGACUCUCCUCCACAGAUUCCAGACCACAUUCACUCAGCCUCUCCAUGCUGGACUUCGGCUUUGUAAUUAUGGAGACACAGCUGAGUUAUGUAAACUCAAAUAGAGUUUUACACAACUCUAUCUGAAAGUAGCUCUUUAUUUAAGGAAUAGUUAAAUAUUCUGAACUCUGGGACCAAAUGACAUGUUUUCAGUCAUGAUCGCUAUCAGUAGAAAC